UUGACCAUGAGUAUGAGCGGCACACUGGAGAAGGGGGCUCACCACCAGGCUCUGGAGUUCUCCGAGGAGCUCUCUCCCGACAACCACCACCACCACCUCCAGCACUCCAACUCUCUGGCCUCCAGCGCUCCUGUGGGGACCCCCUCCGGCGUGGUGGUGCCUCCCCCGUACUCUGCAGCUGAGAGUGGGGGAGGUGGUAGCGGCGCUCCCCUAGAGCUCCGGGGCUCUCUGGACUGCUGGGCGUGCUCGGUGCUGGUGACAGCCCAGAACCUGGUCAUCGCGGGGAUCAACGCCUGCCUGGCCGGACUGGUGUUCGGACUCAUCCUCACCCCCGCCAUCGUCAUGGUGGUGUUCGGAUUCCUCUGUCAUUCUACGGUAAGAAGGGUGUGUGUGUGUGUAUGUGUGUGUGUGUGUGUGUGUGUGUGUGUGUGUGUGUGUGUGUGUGUGUGUACACAAAGUAAAGGGCAUUUCUUACAUUCAUCUUCCAAAAUUCCUAGGUGUCAUUUCAAUUUCGAAUUCAUAUUUCAUCUGUGUCAGCGUGUGUGCGUCAGUGUGAGUGGUGUUUGCUAACACAGUCAUAACCAUUUACCAUUUCAGAAGUACUCAGGAGUAACUGACUAGAUAAGAGACCAGUAAUUAUAUGUUAUACAGCAUGCUGACAUUUUAGGAGAGACUAACUGUAAAUACUAACUAAACUUUCACCAUCCACCACGAGUUUGGAAUAGUUUAGCUGAAAAUUAGGGUGGAGUUUGGAAUAGUUUUAAUGAGGUAGAGUUUGGAAUAGUUUAAAUAAGGGUGGAGUUUGGAAUAGUUUAAAUAAGGGUGGAGUUUGGAAUAGUUUAAAUGAGGGUGGAGUUUGGAAUAGUUUAAAUAAGGGUGGAGUUUGGAAUAGAUUGAAUGAGGGUAGAGUUUGGAAUAGUUUAAAUAAGGGUGGAGUUUGGAAUAGUUUAAAUAAGGGUGGAGUUUGGAAUAGUUUAAAUGAGGGUGGAGUUUGGAAUAGUUUAAAUGAGGGUGGAGUUUGGAAUAUUUUAAAUAAGGGUGGAGUUUGGAAUAGUUUAAAUGAGGGUGGAGUUUUUGGAAUAGUUUAAAUUAGGGUGGAGUUUGGAAUAGUUUAAAUAAGGGUGGAGUUUGGAAUAGUUUAAAUAAGGGUGGAGUUUAGAAUAGUUUAAAUGAGGGUGGAGUUUGGCCCUCUGUGAUGUGUUUCACAAGCAGAUGUUUGAGAACAGAGUCUGCAUCCCAAAUCGAACACCUCACACCCAGUUACAGUGCACUACUUUUAACCAUGCAGGGCCCAUAGAGUUCUGGUCAAAAGUAGUGCACUAUAUAGGGAAUAGGGUGCCAGUCAGGGUUUAGAAUCAGACUGGACAGGUUAGGACUCAGGAGUCAGGGGAGAGUGAUAAGCUAGCCUGGCUGGUCCCAGGUCUAGAUGUGCUUUAGUCCAAGAACGUUUUAAACACACACAUGCACAGAUUCACAGACGUAAUGUGAAAUACAUUUAGCACACUUGAGCUCACAAACACAGACUCACACAGAUGCAAGACCCUGUAGAGGUGGGAUGGUGCAUGCUCGCAGACACACACCUUUGACCCCAGUAAAUCCCACUAGUUUUAGUUUCCCACCCUGCCACCCCUACUGGUCAUAGUGGGUCAGAGUGGGAAUGGGAAGAAGGGCCACAGCACUACUGGUCUGACCACCUUACUAAUGAUCAGGGUAUGCACGCAUGGGUGUGUAUUCAAAGAGACAUGUUACAGAACCUUGUGACACCAGUUAAGAAGGGAUUAGGGUGGAGAGAGAGAGCGAGAGAGAGAGAGAGAGAGAGAGAGGAAGCAGAGAGAGAGGGAGAGAGGGUGAGGGUGAGAUGAGAGCGAGAGCGGAGCAGGAGAGGAGUUAAGGAGAGGAGAGAGAGAGGAAGAUCAGAGAAGAGAGCGAGAGAGUUGAAGGGGAGGAGAGAAAGGAGAGGGAGGAGAGGAGAGGGAAGCGGGAGGAGGAGAUUGAGGAUGAGAACGGGAGAGGGAGAGAGAGAGGGGAGAGGAGCCGAGAGAGAGAGGAGAUUCAGCGGAGCAGAUAAGACAGCUUGAUGGCACAGGCACGGGAGAGUACAAGACCAGGAAUGAGGAGUCGAGAGGUGAGAGAGCGAGAGAGAGAGAGAGAGGAGGAGAGGAAGGAGAGACAGAGUGGAGAGGGGAGAAGACGGAGAGCGAGAUGUAGAGAGACACAGAGAGAGAUGGAGGUACGAUGACAGAGAGGAGACUGUCGACAAGAUGAGAGAGAGAGAGAGGAUCUUGAGAGACCGAGGGAGAGAAGCUUGAAGAAGAGGAGGUGCAGGGUUUCAGGAGUCAGACGCAGAAACCCUGACAGGCAAGCAAGAGAGACAUGGGACGAAUAAAGACAUGAAGUGGAGAGAGCCUAGAGACGAAGGAGCUGGAGGUGAGGAAAAGGAGAACUGAGAGGUGAGUUGGGAGACCCCAAAAAAAAAAGGGGGGGGAAAAAAAUUUCCAAGGGGAAAUUUAAACAAAAAAGGCCCCCCCCCCCGGGGGGGGGGAGGGGAAAGGGAAAAAGAAAGGGGGGGAAAUUUUUGGGGGGGGGGGGCCGGGGUUUUUUUCCCCCCCGGGGGGGAAAAAAAAAAAAAAAAAAAAAACCCCCCCCCCCCGGGGGGGGGGGGGGUUUUGCGAGUCGUCAGUCCGACAACCGUGCCUGGGUCAUCGGUGCCAGACAGGUACCGCGCUAGUGGCUGCGCUCUCACUCAGUCAGUCCAGCCAGCGGAGCAGACUGGACCAGGGCCUAUGGGGGGUCAUUGGAGGUGGUGGUCAAGGCCGAGCAAACCGCCGCGAGGAGGUAUGCCCGCCCAGCCCUCCCAUUUUUGCUUUAGUUGAGGCGCGGUCGCAGUCCGCGCCUUUAGGGGGGGGUACUGUCAACACCCUGGCUCUGGGACUCUAUAUGUUGAGCCAGGGUGUGUUCAUUCUAUGUGUUCUGUUUCUUUGUUUGGGUGUUCUAGGUUGGUUAUUUCUAUGUUUGCCUGUGUGACUCCCAAUCAGAGGCAACGAGUGUCAGCUGUCGGCUGGUUGUCUCUGAUUGGGAGCCAUAUUUAACUGUCUGUGUUUCACUUUGUGUUUGUGGGUUUUUGUUCCUUGUCGGUCUUUGUAACCGUGGACUUCACGAGUCGUUUAUUGUUUUGUGUAGUGUGCUUAUUAUCACUGACGGUAAUAAAGUCAAUCAUGUUCGCUCAACACGCUGCGUAUUGGUCUACUUCUCGUCAAGACGAUCGUGACAUUACCCUUCAUCUUCAUCUUAUCCAUCAUCAUCCUCUGUGCACCCUAAUCUGGCAAUUAGAGGCGUUUCCCACAGGGCCAAUCAGCGUUCAGAUGACGAUCCCGCUCUGACCAAUCAGCUUUCAGAUAACCAUCCUGCACUGAUAGAAGAUAUGAGAGUGUUUAUAGAUUACACGGUGCAGCCUGCCGUCCUCUUCCUCUAACAGAUCAUUCCUCUAACUAACCUCCCUGUGAACUACCUUUGAAGACUGAGCUGGUACACUCGAGAAUGAGAAACAAGGACCAUAUUAUACAUGUAGCGUUGCAUUGUAUUGUUCACAUUGGAUCAACCUGUGCUAACCUUUAUCUCUCCCUCCCCAGUUGACCAUGAGUAUGAGCGGCACACUGGAGAAGGGGGCUCACCACCAGGCUCUGGAGUUCUCCGAGGAGCUCUCUCCCGACAACCACCACCACCACCUCCAGCACUCCAACUCUCUGGCCUCCAGCGCUCCUGUGGGGACCCCCUCCGGCGUGGUGGUGCCUCCCCCGUACUCUGCAGCUGAGAGUGGGGGAGGUGGUAGCGGCGCUCCCCUAGAGCUCCGGGGCUCUCUGGACUGCUGGGCGUGCUCGGUGCUGGUGACAGCCCAGAACCUGGUCAUCGCGGGGAUCAACGCCUGCCUGGCCGGACUGGUGUUCGGACUCAUCCUCACCCCCGCCAUCGUCAUGGUGGUGUUCGGAUUCCUCUGUCAUUCUACGGUAAGAAGGGUGUGUGUGUGUGUGUGUGUGUGUGUGUGUACACAAAGUAAAGGGCAUUUCUUACAUUCAUCUUCCAAAAUUCCUAGGUGUCAUUUCAAUUUCGCAUUCAUAUUUCAUCUGUGUCAGCGUGUGUGCGUCAGUGUGAGUGGUGUUUGCUAACACAGUCAUAACCAUUUACCAAUUUCAGAAGUACUCAGGAGUAACUGACUAGAUAAGAGACCAGUAAUUAUAUGUUAUACAGCAUGCUGACAUUUCAGGAGAGACUAACUGUAAAUACUAACUAAACUUUCACCAUCCACCACGAGUUUGGAAUACUUUAGCUGAAAAUUAGGGUGGAGUUUGGAAUAGUUUAAAUGAGGUAGAGUUUGGAAUAGUUUAAAUAAGGGGUGGAGUUUGGGACUAGUUUAAAUGGGGGGGUUGGCAUAUAAUGAGGGUGGCGUUUGGGUCGUUUUACCCUGGGUGGAGUUUGGGAAAGUUUCCCCGCGGGUGGAGUUUGGCAUAGUUUUACUACACGGGUGGGUUUGGUGUUUCCCUCGGGUGGCGUUUGGCCUCGUUUCCCUGCGGUGGAGUUUGGCCUGUUUUCCUGCGGGUGGACGUUUUGGAUAGUUCAUCGGGUGGCGUUUAAAUUUUAAUGGGGUGGAGUUUGGCCCUCUGUGAUUUUGUUUCCCAAGCCAGUGUUUAGACGGCUGCCUCCCCCAAUCGACCCUCACACCCAGUUAUGGUGCACCUCUUUCACCCCUGCGGCCCUAGAGUUUUUGGUCCAAUAGUGCACAUAUAGGAUAGGGUGCCAUUUAGGGUUUAGAAUCAACUGGACAGGUUAGGACUCAGGAGUCAGGGGAGAUGAUUAGCUAGCCUGGCUGGUCCCCGGGCUGAUGUGCUUUAGUCCAAAAAGUUUUAAACACACACAUGCACAGAUUCACAGACGUAUGUGAAAUACAUUUAGCACACUUGAGCUCACAAACACAGACUCACACAGAUGCACGCAUGCAAGACCCUGUAGAGAUGGGAUGGUGCAUGCACGCUCACAGACACACACCUUUGACCCCAGUAAAUCCCACUAGUUUUAGUUUCCCACCCUGCCACCCCUACUGGUCAUAGUGGGUCAGAGUGGGAAUGGGAAGAAGGGCCACAGCACUACUGGUCUGACCACCUUACUAAUGAUCAGGGUAUGCACGCAUGGGUGUGUAUUCAAAGAGACAUGUUACAGGAACCUUGUGACACCAGUUAAGAAGGGAUUAGGGUGGAGAGAGAGAGAGAGAGAGAGAGAGAGAGAGAGAGAGAGAGAGAGAGAGAGAGAGAGAGAGAGAGAGAGAUCUACUUCACUUGCUUUGGCAAUGUUAACACACGUUUCCCAUGCCAAUAAAGCCCUUAAAUUGAAUUGAAUUGAAUUGAGAGAGAGAGAGAAAUGAAACAAAGGAGAGAGGGGGAUGAGAAAGAAGUGAGGGGGGCUAAAAAGUUACCCUGAUCUCACAGUUUGCUGUCACAAACUCUGAAAAAGAUAGAGGAUCUUCGCUAACCAGUUGCAAGAACUUGAAAUGAACAGUUGCAUGAUUUCAGAUCUAGAUACCAAACACACACCCAACUCACAACCAAAUGCCUUCAAUAAGAAUGAAUAUAAACAAUAUUAAGUUUGGGACAUAAAAUCCCUGAUGAGGCCUCAGAAAGUAGAAACGAACAGACAUUCAUGUAUAGUGUCAUCUGUGUUCACCUCCCAACCAAAUACCCAAAACGCCAAGGAGUCUAAUCGCAUAGAAGGAAGACUCAUAAGGAUGAGCGCAGUCGAGAUCUGAGAGAGCGUCUCUUACGAGGAGAGAGGAGAGGAGGGAGGAUGAGCGGCGAUCGUCUUCUUCUCUUCUUCUCUUAUCUCUUCAUUUACUCUCUUCUCUUUCUCUCUCUUUCUUAUCUUUCUCUUCUCUUCUCUCCUCUCUCUCUCUCACUCUCCCUUCACUCUCUCCUAUUAUUGUGAUGUUACACAGCUGUGAUAUAAGAAUGGCAAUUAAUCACAUUUAAUCUAUGGAAGGGCUCCUCGUUCUUUGUGGGGUCAGUAUGAGUGUGUGAGAACAAAACGGAUUGGGUUUGUGAGUGUUGAUCAAUCUCUCUCUCUGUGUGUGUGUGUGUGUGUGUGUGUCAGACUGCUAUCUGCUCUAUCCUCACCUCAGACACACCUUCUACCAGGGGCACAUCAUCGUCUCCCUGCAGCUCCUCCUCUCCCCUAUCUGUCCAUUCCUGCAUUCCUCCUUUAUUCCUCCAUCCUUCACUUGUCUUGACCAUGGGCGCUGAAACCAACGACUCUCUCCAUCUGUUCUGAGAAGACACCAACAGAAAGCUUCAUUAGCUUUCAUUAGCAUUAUGCAGUCAUAGGAACAGUAAGAAAAACAGUAAGUAACACAAACAAACAAAAAACAACACAUGUCCCUCUCCCCAGGUGCGCCCUCAUGGGACAACCCGCUACUGCUCGGACCUGCUGAAUGACGGUGGCUGUGUGGCCCUCCUGGUGGUAGGUUUCCUCCUGGUUACCCCCCUCCUGGUCCUGGCUCUGGCCGCCUACUGCCGCCUGGCCCACCACCUCCAGCUGGGGCUCUGCUUUAUACCAUAUUCCAGGGCUGUCUACAAGAACCUGCCCGCCACACAGCACCAUGGCCUGGGAGGGGGCUGCUGUGGAGGCGGUGGGGCCGGAGGGGAGGGAGGAGGAAAGGGGAAGGUCUGG